AUGGUUUCCCGAGGAAAAACAGAGUUGAGGCUGGAUCUGACGGCAGCUGACGGAACAUCUGUUUACGAAACAUUUCAGAAUUUUAAACUCGGUGAAAUGCCAUAUUAUACUCUUCAUAUCGACACGGGUGUGGGAACUGCAGGCGAUGGCUUUGGUUUAUCAUAUCACAAUGGUAGAAAAUUUUCAACUUUCGACAUGGAUCGUGAUGGAGUCGGUAUAAAUUGCGCAAUAGAAGACCAUGGUGGAUGGUGGUAUAACUUUUGUGCACACGCAAAUCUAAACGGUGAAUAUGUUACUCCUGGAUCGAUUAGACCUGGCAGGUCCGAAGGUGGGAUGACAUACAGUGCAUUCAAAGGCACAGAAUCGCUUAAAGUCUCCAAAAUGAUGUUCCGGCGGAUAUAA